GCCGUGCGGGGCGGGAGGCACCCAGGGGACCCGGCAGGGACCCAGGGGAAGCCCGCUGGCGAGCCGGCGGCUCCUCCCGGCCCGUUGGCAGGCGGGGCGAGGCGGCCGCCCGCCCCCUGCGCCCGGCCCGGAGCCUGGCGGCGGCUGGGGCUGGAGCGGUGGCGUCCGUGUACCUCCUCGGUUGCAGCCAUGAAGUCGCUGUGCCUCGUCACCGUGGGGGUCCUGGCCAUGACGCUGCUCAUCGCCAGCAUCUCCUUGCUGGUAGCGCACGUUUUCCAGACAGUGGUGGACCUGCAGGUGAAGCAGGGAACAGUAUUGAAAAAUGGCACGGAAACCUUUGAAGCCUGGGAGGAUCCUCCUCCACCAGUCUACAUGCAGUUCUACUUUUUUAAUGUGACAAAUCCUUUAGAAGUGCUUCAAGGCGAUACUCCUCUUGUAGAGGAAAUAGGGCCAUACACCUACCGAGAAUACAGGCCAAGAGUGCACGUUCAGUUUUUGGACAACGGUACCAAAGUAUCUGCUCUGAAUCCAAAGACGUAUGUAUUUGAACCUCAGAAGUCAGUUGGAGACCCUGAGGUGGACCUGAUUAGAACAGUUAAUAUUCCUGCAGUGACUGCGAUGGAGUGGACCAGGUCAACCCCUCUUCAGUUUGCCACGGAGGUGCUGCUCCUUCUGUACCAAGAAUCCCUGUUUACAGUUCACACCGUCCAUGAAUUACUGUGGGGCUACAAAGACAGGCUCCUGUCGACCAUUCAUCUUUUGCACCCUGAGAUCGAUCCAGUAUUUGGUUUAUUUAAUAAGAUGAAUGGAACCGAUGAUGGAGAAUACAUUUUCCUAAGUGGGGAAACAAACUACCUUAACUUCACAAGGAUUGUGGAAUGGAAAGGAAAAGAGUCAUUGAGCUGGUGGACAACAGAGUCAUGUAACAUGAUCAAUGGAACAGAUGGGACAUCCUUCCACCCGCUGAUCAGCAAAGAUGAGAACAUUUAUAUCUUUUCUUCUGAUUUCUGCAGAUCUUUUUACCUGGUGUACGACAGCUCAGGAACUGUUGCAGACAUCCCAACCUACCGCUUCGUGCCCUCUCCUAUGGUAUUUGCCAACACGACGGUUAACCCAGACAAUGCUGGUUUCUGCGUGCCGCCAGGAAACUGCCCUGGCACUGGUGUCCUCAACGUCAGCAUCUGCAAGCAAGGUGCCCCGAUAUUUCUAUCAGCUCCGCAUUUUUACCAAGCAGAUCAGAAGUUUAUAGAGGACAUACAGGGCAUGCAUCCGAAGAAGGAAUAUCAUGAGACGUUUCUGGACAUCAAUCCUCUGACAGGGCUUGUCCUGCAAGCAGCGAAGCGGAUGCAAAUCAACGUUCACGUGAGAAAAUUACCUGAAUUUUUUGAAACAGGCAGUAUCCGAACACUAAUUUUCCCGGUGAUGUAUAUAAAUGAGAGUGUUCUGAUUGAUGAAGCAUCUGCCAGCAAACUCAAGCACGUCCUGCUGGAAGCCAGUGUUGUAACUGGAAUCCCCUUCAUAAUCAUGGCUCUAGGAAUUGUUUUUGGGAUUGUUUUUAUUGUGCUCGUGUGCAGGUCCCGGGGAAUAAGCGAAGAGAGUACCGAAGAUGAAAGGUCCCCACUCAUCAGGACGUCUUAGUAGAUUUUCUUUAACAUGUGAGCUUGGAGAAUAAACUAUUAGAGCUGACCUAAUACCAACUACCACUACCCAGCGUUGUCCACUGUGGAGAAACAAUGGCGUCAAGUAUAACUUCAUGUGGUAUAAAGAUGGAAGAAAAUCUGCACUGUCACCAAGGGAGGAGACUUUUCUUACCAGCUAAGUUACAACUUUAAAACUACAUUAUAAAACUGCUUGAGAUCCUGCUUUUUUUUCCACCCCACACUCUCUUUGUACCUGCACCGACAGCCGCAGACGAUCAUCACCACUACUUCAGCAAGAACAAAAUGGCCUGAUGCAUUACAGGAACGACACGGGUAAAAUUUGCAAUGGCCUUAGGGGUGUGGGCUGCGAAGUUCCCUUCUAGGAACAGAGCGGGCUCCUGUAUCGCUGAGGAGCAACGGACAAUUUUGCUGUAGGCCUAGUAUUGUCUUUUCUGUAAAGUGUUGCGCGCUACUUAUUACCAGUAUGCACUGACUGUUUAUUAUUAACGUCAUCGGUCCUGUCGCAAAACUGAUUUGUACAACUAAUCCAAAGCACUGAGAGAAACUUUGUUACGCAUCCGUAGUUACCAAGUAAAAAGGAGCCGAUGAUUUGAAAUGCUU